UAUAGACAGAGGGAAAGGGCGUAUAGACAGUGGGAGAGGGGUGUAGUGGGCGAAGGGCGUAGAGACAGUGCGCGAAGGGCGUAGAGACAGUGCGCGAAGGGCGUAGAGACAGUGGGCGAAGGGCGUAGAGACAGUGGGCGAAGGGCGUAGAGACAGUGCGCGAAGGGCGUAGAGACAGUGCGCGAAGGGCGUAGAGACAGUGCGCGAAGGGCGUAGAGACAGUGGGCGAAGGGCGUAGAGACAGUGGGCGAAGGGCGUAGAGACAGUGGGCGAAGGGCGUAGAGACAGUGGGCGAAGGGCGUAGAGACAGUGGGCGAAGGGCGUAGAGACAGUGGGCGAAGGGCGUAGAGACAGUGGGCGAAGGGCGUAGAGACAGUGCGCGAAGGGCGUAGAGACAGUGGGCGAAGGGCGUAGAGACAGUGGGCGAAGGGCGUAGAGACAGUGCGCGAAGGGCGUAGAGACAGUGGGCGAAGGGUGUAGAGACAGUGGGCGAAGGGCGUAGAGACAGUGGGCGAAGGGCGUAGAGACAGUGGGCGAAGGGCGUAGAGACAGUGCAGCUGAGCGUAGGAGGUGCAGGGCAUCCACAUGAUUUUUAUUGAUUUUAAAUCAGUUAUUGGGGGGGAUGAAUCGACCUGUUCUGAAUGUUGUGGGGGGACAUUUCUCCCCAGCCAAUUACAAGCGUUAUUUACUUUACUUUCCUAUGAACUUUGAUACCUUUUCAAAAAGUGAUUUUUUGCCCACCUUCCCUACAGAAUCCCAUGCUCCAUCCAUGACAGUGUGGGGGUCCAGAGUGAAGCGCUGCAUGGGGCCUAACGUCUACACGGCUCCCCCAGAUGGUGGCUGGGGCUGGGUGGUGGCGGUCUCCUUCUUCCUGGUGGAAGUGUUCACCUACGGAGUCAUCAAGAGCCUGGGCAUCUUCCUCCAGGACCUGAUGGAGGAGUUUGGGGAGAGCAACAGCCGAGUCUCUUGGAUCAUCUCCAUCUGUGUCUUCGUCAUGGCCUUCACUGCUCCUCUCGCUUCUGUGAUGACCAACCGGUUUGGCUUUCAGACAGUUGUUAUGAUUGGUGGACUCCUCGUCUCCAUAGGAACCAUCGCCAGUGGCUUCACCAAAUCCAUCAACGAGAUGUACAUCACCAUCGGACUCUUUGCAGGUCUGGGGUACUGUCUGACCUUCCUGCCCACCAUUACUCUCCUGUCCCAGUACUUCUCCCACCGACGCUCCCUGGUCACAGCUGUCGCCUCCACAGGAGAGUCCUUCUCUGUGUUCGCCCUCGCCCCAGCCUUCUCUGCUCUGAGGGACUGUAUCGGCUGGCGUUACACCCUGGUGGUGAUCGGAGCUCUACAGGGCAUCAUCAUCAUCUGUGGAGUUCUGCUAAGACCCAUCAUCAUCAGACCUGGACCAGCCACGACGACAGAAACUGAUGGACUGGCUGACAAAGAGCUGAAGGCUCUGGAUACUCUGGGAACACAGGAGGAGUACUACAGUAAGGAGAGGUUGUACACUAAGGGCAGUUCAUAUGCUAAGGAUGGGUCUUACACACUGCAGAGGGAUAGCAAGCUGGCUCAUCGUUUCUCCCUGAGCUCUGGAGAGUCUGAAAACUCUGAAGUUCAGUUCCUCCAUCACCAGGUCCUGAAGGACGGCAGUAAGGCAGGGGAGGAGAUAGAGGAGGAGGGGGCGUCUUCACAGAGGUGCUUAGGAAGCAAGGAGAAGGAGAUGGAGAAGGAUGAGGAGACGGAGGAGAAGGAUAUGGAGCAGACACAAACACUAUCCCACCAGAAACUCCUUGACUUCUCCAUGUUAAGAGAAGGCAGCUUCAUCUGCUACGCUCUCUUCGGCCUUUUUGCCACAUUGGGUUUCUUCGCCCCUCAGCUCUACAUCAUCGAGCUGAGUGUGAACCGCGGCGUGAAGCGUGACCGCGCCGCCCACAUGCUCUCCGCCAUGGCCUUUGCCGAGAUCUUCGGCCGCCUCUCCAUUGGUUGGGUGCUAGGCAGGAAGCUGUUCAGAGGCAGGAAGCCCCUGGUGCUGCUGGGAUGUGUAGUUCUGCUGUGCCUGGUGCUGGUGGCCUUUACCCUGGUGUGGGAGUUCUGGGGCCUGGCCGUGUGUUGUGGGUUCUAUGGGUUUUUUAUAGGCACCGUGUCAUCGACACAUAUACCCAUGCUGGCAGAGGAGGAUGUGGUGGGCAUAGAAAGGAUGUCGUCAGCUGUGGGGGUCUAUGUGUUUAUACAGAGCUUCGCUGGGCUGGCGGGACCACCUCUGGGAGGUGUUCUUGUGGACCUGACUCAGAACUACGGCUCAGCGUUCUACUCCUGUGCGGUGGGUAUGGGUCUAGGGGCUGUGUUCCUGGGUCUGGUACGACCAGCCAAGAGAGGCCUGCUCUGCUGCAGCACAACCAGGCCUCAGAGCAUUUCGUAUUAUUCUGUAUGUAAAUCCGAGACACUACAUUUACUAUGAUAUGUUACAUUUCGUACGGUAUGUAUUAAUUUGUGGAUGUCCAUCAUCCAUAUCUUAUGAUAUGGUACAAAUUACAAUUCAUAUUUUAUGUUAUGAAUUUUUUAAACGAAUGAUAUGUUACGAAUUCUCACUAGGUGGCCAGAUUACUAACAUUAGCUAGCUCGCUAACAUUAGCUAGGCUAGGAGUUAGGGUUAAGGUUAAAAUUUAGGAGUUAGGAUAAAUGGUUAGGGUUAGCUAAAAUGGUUAAGGUUAAGUGAAGAGUUAGUUAAAAGGGUUAGAGUUUUUACUUGCAGAAUAAUACGAAGUGCUCUGAGACCAGGUUGUGCAGCAGGAGGGGGGAUCAGAACCUCCCAGAACCCAUGCAGGUGGGGCCAGGGAACCCUGUACCUCAGCGAGAGGGGAAGGAGGCCCAGGACAGAGACAGUCCUCAGGACUUCCUAGAAGUUGACCUUGAUUUGGACCAGAAAACGUUACUGAAAAAGGCCAACAGAUGACAAUCUCUACUUGAAAAGACAUCAAAGGUCAGAAGGAAAUCCCAUAAGAGUCUGAACUGAAGUCUCAGUUAAACUAGUGCUGAUUGAGAUAAGUCAGACAAAUGUGUGAAUAAAGAUCUAGACUGCCACGGACUAUCUAUCCUGUGAUUUCAGAUCUGGUUUCGGGAGAGUGGCUCACACUGAACAAAUGAAAUCCCAAUCACGGCCAGUUGUGACACAGCCUGGAAUCGAACCAGGGUGUCUGUAGUGACGCCUCAAGCACUGAGAUGCAGUGCCUUAGACCGCUGCGCCAUUCGGGAGCCCAUGAACAUGAACACACUGUUUUGGCUCAUGGUAUUGUAAGAGAGGAUACAAACAAUAUGUAGAUGCAUGAAGUCAGCUGUGAAGAAAUAAUAACACCAUGACAUCAUGUUGUAUUCAAUUACUUUUUAAACUUCACUUUACAUUUUUUAGACUAAGCAAUCACUUGGUACUAAUAAAAAAUAAAUAUCACAA